AUGGAGUUGCUAUGGAAACUUAUACUGCUGCUGUCAUUGGUGGAGUGUCUGUCAGGAAGCGGAGUCCUGCUGAGGCCUGUGUUCACCAAGCAACCUGGCAGUGUGGUGUUUCCCCUUCAACCUGGCGAGAAUCGCAGAGAGGUGGUGUUCAGCUGUGAGGCCCAGGGGCACCCGCCGCCCCUCUACAGGUGGAAGCUCAAUGACUCUUUCAUCCUGCCCAGGCCAGGGUCACGCUACUCUCUCAUGGGAGGGAACUUACACAUCAGCCAUCUAAAUAAGGAGGGAGACGUUGGCAUCUAUCAGUGCCUGGCAUCAAACUCUUUUGGCACCAUCGUCAGCAGAGAGGCCAGUCUGCACAUUGCAUACUUGGAGAACUUCAAGACCCAGAAAAGAAGUCCAGUGAGGGUUCGUGAAGGUCAAGGAGUGGUCUUAUUGUGUGGCCCACCGCCCCACUCUGGAGAACUGACCUUCACAUGGAUCUUCAAUGAGUACCCAUCAUUUGUCAUCCAGGACACACGGCGAUUUGUGUCCCAAAAGACAGGCAACCUCUACAUCGCCAAAGUGGAAGCCUCUGAUGUGGGCAACUACACUUGUGUCGUUACCAACACGGUCACCAAAAGCAGCGUUCAAGGGCCACCAACUCCUCUAGUGCUGCGGGUUGAUGGUGUGAUGGGCGAAUAUGAGCCAAAGAUCGAAGUGCAGUUCCCCGAAGUCGUCCCUGUCGCUAAGAGCUCAACUGUCAAACUGGAGUGUUUUGCACUUGGAAACCCAGUGCCAACUAUCAGCUGGAGAAGAGUGGAUGGAGCCUCUUUUGGCAGGAAAGUGGACAUAAAUAAAGCCAGUGGAGUUUUGGAGAUCCCUUACUUCCAGCAGGAGGAUGCGGGAAUAUAUGAAUGUGUGGCAGAAAACAGCAGAGGAAGAAACUCUGUUAAAGGAAAGCUGUCUUUCUAUGCUGCACCUCACUUGACAGAGAAGCCUCAGGAUGUUCAGAAAACCAUUGAUGACACUCUGGUGUGGGAAUGCAAAGCCAGCGCCAAGCCCAAACCUUCAUACCGCUGGCUGAAGAACGGAGAGGCUCUGGAUCAGAUGGAGCAGGACAGGGUUCAGGCAAAUAAUGGAGUGCUGACGAUCAGCAGCUUGAAUAUGGCCGACAUCGGCAUGUACCAGUGUGUGGCAGAGAACAAGCACGGCCGAAUCUUCACCAACGCUGAGCUCCGAGUCAUCGCCAUCGCUCCAGACUUCAGCCAGAACUUGUUGAAGGCCCAGACUCUGGCUCGACAGGGUGGCGAUGUUCUGAUCGAAUGCAAGCCCAGGAUGUCUCCUCGGGGUGUGAUUUCUUGGAGGAAGGGCAAGGAGGCAUUGAGAGAGAGCCACAGAGUUACUGUGCUGGAUAAUGGGAGCCUAAGGAUUUCUAAUGUCACCAAAAUGGAUGCUGGACUCUACACGUGUGUAGCCAGAAACCAGUUUGGAGUAGCGAGCAGUGCUGGCAGCCUUUUGGUUAAAGAGCCAACCGUGAUCACCAGUCCGGCCGGUCAUCUGGACGUGACUGUGGGUGAGAGUAUCGUGCUGCCUUGCCAGGUGUCUCAUGACCCCACCAUGGACCUCAAGUUCACCUGGUUCUUCAACGAGCAGCUCAUCCACUUCGGAAGCCACUGGGCUUAUUUUGAAAAAGUUGGUGGGCGCUCAGCUGGUGACAUCAUGAUCCGGAACAUUCAACUGAGGCAUGCUGGGAAAUAUACAUGUGCUGUUCAGACCAAGGUGGACAGUGUGUCUAUUGCCACUGAUGUGGUGGUCAGAGGUCCCCCCGGCCCCCCUGUGGACUGUCAGGUGACCGAGAUGACGGAGACCUCUGCCUCUGUGUCGUGGGGACCUGGGACGGACAACCACAGUCCCAUCCUUAGCUACACCAUCCAGGCCAGAACGGCCUUCUUUCUUGGGUGGCAAGCCGUUACCACUGUUCCUGAGCUGCUCGGGGGGAAGCAGCUGUCAGCCACUGUCAUUGACUUGAGUCCCUGGGUGGAAUACGAGUUCAGAGUCCUGGCAACCAACAACAUUGGAACGGGGGAGCCCAGCAAACCCUCCAAAAAGGCCCGCACCAAAGAAAUGCUUCCCAGGGUGACUCCAGCCAGAGUGAACGGCGGUGGUGGAGGACGUUCAGAGCUGGUCAUCACUUGGGAGCCUGUUCCUGAGGAGCUGCAGAGUGGCCCGGGCUUCGGGUACGUGGUGGCUUUCCGCCCACUCGGGGCGCAGGGCUGGAUGCAGGCUGCUGUCACCUCCCCGGACGCCUCGAGAUAUGUCUUCAAGAAUGAAAGCAUCCCUCCCUUCUCCCCUUACCAAGUCAAAGUCGGGGUUUACAACAACAAGGGAGAGGGUCCUUUUAGUCCAGUGACCACCAUCUAUUCAGCAGAGGAAGAGCCCAGCAGAGCUCCAGGCAGGCUGAGGGCGAGGAGUGUAUCGGCGUCCGAGGUAGAGGUCACCUGGAGGCCACUGGCCUGGAGCAACAACCGCAGACGCAUCCUGGGCUACGAGCUGCAGUACUGGGGUCAGAGGCAGAAGCAGGACACAGCCAGUGUGAUCAGGACAGUGGGGAAUAAAACUUCAGUGCUCAUCAGGGAUCUGGAGGGCAGCAGUACCUAUUACAUGUCCCUGCGGGCCUAUAACAGCGCUGGAGUGGGCCCACAGAGCAGCAUAGUCAAUGUCACAACCAAGAAACCACCGCCCAGUCAAGCCCCGGUCAAAAUCAUGUGGAACACUUCCAACUCCAAGGUUAUCCUGAGGUGGGACCAAGUUCACGCUCUGGAGAAUGAGUCAGAAGUCACCGGAUAUAAGGUGAUGUACAGCCAGGACAAACACAGCCGUCCCAGCGUGGUGGAAACCAACUCCACCUCCUUGGAGUUGUCGCUGCCGGUCAACCAGGACUACAUCAUCCAGAUUAAACCCUUCAGUGAGGGAGGGGAGGGCAGCAGCAGCCGCCAGAUUACCAUCCCCAAGAUAGCAGGCUCCAUAGCCGUGGGUGCAGCCGCGGAGUCGUCUGCAUUUCCCAUGGUCCAGCUCGCAGCGUUAAUCCUCACAGCCAGGACUGUCUUAUGA